AUGUAUGUCGUUGGUAAACUACAAUUAUUUAAUGUUUUAAAAGAAAAUAUACUUGGUAACAUUGACGAUUCUUUAAUAGCAAAUUAUCUUGAGCAAGAAAAAGUUGAAGGGCCAUUGUACGAUUCGUUUUGUAUAGCACUAGCAUAUAUGACAUUACGGAAAUAUUCUGAUUUAAAUAAAGCAUUAGAAGAAAUAACACAGUGGCCUUUCUGUUCACCAAAUGAUGUAUUUCGAAAUUGGCUCUGCAAAUAUUUAUGCGAAUACUUUAUUAUAUGUUAUACAUUUGAAUUUGAUAUGCUGGAAUAUAAGAAAGUUCUUACACAGGGUAUUGAAAACUUAAAGUAUCCCAAUCUUUUAAAUAAUAUUAUUUUGCAUGAGCAUGGAAAUCGUGUUGAUGAAUAUAAUGAUUAUGAAAGUCUGCUAAAUCGUAACGACAUUGAAGGAAUUGAAGCAGUUAUUGUAGUUUCAUGUUUUUAUGUCGAUAGAAAGUGGAUAUAUAUUGAAAAUUUAACAAAAAACUUCCUAUUGACAACCAAAGAUGAAUAUCUCACAAAUAAACUACGAACAUUCUUAUUUUUGUCAUAUGCAGAACAGAAGAAAUGGAAACUAGCAAUCAAAGUUAGUACUGAAAUACCUUUACAGUCUUUAGAUCCCUAUUAUAAAUCUGUACUGGCUAAGUGCUAUAUAGAAAAAAGAAAAAAUGCCGACCAUGUCAUGCAAUAUCUAGUUGGGUCAAAGUACUAUCAACAACUUCAAGCUUUGAUUCUAAUAAAACGAGAUAGGUAUGAAGAACUUAUCAAAUUGCUUGAUAAAGAUACUGAGGACCCCAUAGAGUGCUUAUACAUUGCAAUAGCAUAUAGGGAAAUGUUUAAAUGGGAUUUGAGUCGUACAUACUUUAUCAAAGCCAUUGUGCUUGAUAGUAGUUGUGCUGAUACUUUCUACCAUUUUGCUCUUUAUUAUGAAGACUGUCUUUUCUAUCAUCACAAAUUUGCCAAACAUUGCCUUGAGAGAGCCUAUGCUUUAAAUACUGCUGACAUGCAGGUCAUACAUGCUUUAUAUACCUUUUAUAUUAAAUACAAUUAUCGUAAAAAAAUAAUGGACCUGUUAAUAGGUGCCUCUCAGUAUCUAGUACGUGAGCCAUGGAUAUACUAUUCUAUUGGACUUCAAUUACACUUGCAUCAUCAGAGUGAGCGUUCCAUUGAAUAUUUACUAAAGGCACUGAAGUAUGGUUAUAAACGUCGGCAUGUUCUUAAAGCUUUAGCUGAAGCUUACUACAAUAUAAGGGAUUUCGAAAAAGCUCUUAAAUAUUAUAUUGAAUUGAUUGAUUUGGAUCCUAAAUAUGAAUUUAGUUAUCUAACUUAUAUUGGUUUAAUCCGUGCUGAAUUGAAACAGUUCGAGGAGGCAAUUAUAACAUUUGAGAAAGUUUUGGAAAUUAGCCCCGACUAUUUUAACGCAAUAAUCGGAUUAGCAAAAACUUGGUUGAAAUUGGCACGAAUUCAAGCAAACAGUAAACUUUACCAUAUGGCUAGGUAUUCAGCAGAAAAGUCAAUUCACUAUUCGUCUACAGCCAUAAGUAAUGGAAAUUCUUACUUAGAACCUUUUGAAGAGAUACUAAAUGAGGCCCUUAUAUUUGUUGCAGAAUUAGUAGAUAAAUACUAUUUUGUUCAUUAUCACACUUAUGUGGGUCCUGGUCAUUGGGUAUUUUAUAUGUAA